GAUCCAUUAUUCUCAUGUUCCCAUUUCCCAAUCUCCCUCCCGUGUUACCUCUUUCUGCUUGCCGGCGCUGGCGCGGCUGAUGGGGCUAUGGCUUCAGCCUCUCUUCCCACCUUAAAAAAUUCUCUCGCCAUGGCGACCUCUAUACGCCUCUCUACUUCUCCUCUCUUAAAUCCUAAAUCCAGAUCGUUUCCUCAUCUUCUAAGACCUUUCUCUUCCAAAACUCUUGCCUUGGCUCGUUUCCCUCCUCUGAAGGCCUCUCCAACUCGGAUACGUUUGGGAGCUUCUCCUCGAAGAGAGCCAGGAUUUCUGUCCCGUGUUGCGAAGAAUGGGGGUGGAGCGCCGGAGAGUGCCGCCGAGGACGAGGCCGACUCGGCGAGGGGGCAGAGCACGAUGCCUGAGAGGUUCCGGCCCCUCACCAAGGAAGCCCCCGAUCGCCCGGUGAGGUGGCCGUGGGUUAUAGCCCUGGUUUUUCUUGUUUAUGCUUGGCGGACUGUCUUGUGGGAACUUACAAACUGGAAGAAGGCAAUGCUAGCCAUCAUAGGUUUCUUUGAUUACCUAUUCAAGCUUAUACUGGCUUUUGUUUUUCAUUUCAUUGGUGAACCGAUCACUGUUCUCAUAAGAUGCAUCGAGUUUGCUCUCUAUUCUGCUAGAUACAUCUACUCCAGCGUUGUAGCAUUUGCUCCUGUUCCAGAGCUGACAAGAAUAAUCUUUUUCACAUCAACAAUAAUGGCCAUUGCUGAAGCUACAGUUCCAGACUCUGUGAACAGCCAACAACAUCUUCUCACAUUAGCUGGGAUUAUUGGGUUUGGGGCUGUGAAUGGCUUUGUUCCUGAGCUUCUCUUUUGGUUGCUUCUCUCUGGCAUGUUCUGUUACUCACAUUUUAUCAAGAAGAGAGAUGGUGUUUCAGCUGCUUUGCCAUCCACUGUUGUGUUGGCAGCUGUAGGGGAGCCUUGGAUAAGAGGCCUGGCUAUAGCUUCAUACCUGGCUCUUGCUAUUGUUCAAUAUUCUAAGUUAUCAGAAGAAAGUGUGAGGACAGAUACACCAGUUAUCGGUAGAAGACUUCCACUGCCGCUUCUGCUUGCUGCUCUGUCUAUUGGAAUCCAUCUUGCUGCCAAGUGGGUUCGACGCAGGCACUUGACGUGGAUGAUAGUAUAAGUAGUUGGAUGGGUUCAUUUUGUUUUUCUUGUCAAGUAGUGUAACAUUGUGAUUUUCUUGAAACUAUCAUGAAAAGUCAGCAAAUUUUUUCCUUAUUUGGGACAUCCAGUUAUAAAUUUGUGUGUGUGGUAUAUUAAUGUUAGUGGUAGCAGUACCAACAUUCUAUCAAUUGAAAUAGAAGGCAUUUUUAUUGAUGAUAA